GCGGUUUCCGGGAAGAUGGCGGCGUGGAGGGCUGCGCUGGCGGUGGGCGCCCGAGCUCCGCUGCGGGGACGGCUGCUAGGGCCGCGGCCCGCCCGGAGUCAGCGGCGCCCGCCCGGCUGGAGGAUGGCCGCCGCCGCCCUGCUCGGGGGAGGCUCGGUGGCGGCGUGCUACGGCGGCUGGGGACGGCCGGGGGCGGGCGCGUUCCCCACCGUUCUGGCUCAGAAGGAAGAUGUUGCAAAUGCAGAAAUGGCUGAAAGGCUGUCACUUCGGAAGAAUCGCUUUAUGCAUUUUGCAUCACUGGAGUAUGAAGGAGAAUAUUACAUGACACCACGAGAUUUCUUGUUUUCAGUAAUGUUUGAUCAAGUGGAACGUAAAAGCUCGGCCAAGAAACUGACAAAAAAGGAGGUGGAUGCUGCACUGCUGUGUGUUACAAAAGCUAAACCAGGACCGACCUUUUUUAGAGAGCUUGGUGAUAAAGGGCUGAUAUCUUAUGCGGAGUACCUGUUUUUGCUGACAAUCCUUACAAAACCCCAGACUGGAUUUCAGAUUGCUUUUAAAAUGUUAGAUACGGAUGGCAAUGAGCAAGUUGAAAAGAAAGAAUUUUUUAAGAUGCAGAGAAUCAUUGGAAAGGAAGAUGAUUUGAAAACAGCUGGAGAUGAAACCAUAUUUCAGGAAGCAGAAUUGGAAAGCUGUGAUGUUAAUACCAUGCUGCUGGUGCAUUUCUUUGGAAAAGAAGGAAAGGAAAAACUUCGCUAUUCUGAGUUUUUCAGGUUCAUGGAAAAUCUGCAAACAGAAGUGCAAGAAAUGGAAUUCAUACAGUUUUCAAAGGGAUUGAAUGUCAUGAGAAAGGAGGACUUUGCAGAAUGGCUACUGUAUUUUACUGACGAGGAAAAUAAUGAAAUUUACUGGCAAAACGUGAGAGACAGAUUUGAAGCAGGAGAGAAUAUCAGUUUGGAAGAAUUCAAGACUUUCUGCAAGUUUACAAACAACCUGGAAGACUUUUCUAUUGCCAUGCAGAUGUUCACCGUAGCCAAUCGUCCUGUUAAACGAGCUGAGUUCAAGAGAGCAGUAAAGGUGGCAACAGGACAGGAGCUCUCAGAUAAUAUUCUGGAUACCAUCUUCAAGAUUUUUGAUCUAGAUGGAGAUGACUGCCUCAGCCACGGCGAGUUCCUUGGUGUCCUGAAGAAGCGAAUUCAUCGAGGUUUGAGGGUACCACAACAGCAAGGCAUUCAAGGGUACUGGAAGUGCGUGAAAAGAGAAAGCAUUAAAGGAGCAAAAGAAUUGUGGAAGCAAAGUGGGAAAAGUCCUUUUUAAAAGCGUCCAUUAUUGUUGGUUUGCUGUAAAUGUUAUGUAGGGAUUUUUUGUCUGUCCUGUUUACAUAAUAGCUGAAUCAAAAAUACUCUUUUUUACUACAGCUGAACUAAAUUAACCCAAUAUCUAAUGAAAAA